AAAAUGAUUCAAGCAAUCAACUGUCUUUAUAUAGCAGGCCACCAAUUACACUUGUCUCCUCAGCCUAGUUAGUAUCGCACCUAUAGGGUACAUGAUCUCUUGCAAACCCUCUCCCUCUCUUACGUCAAGCUGCUGAAGAAUAUCCAGCGCGCGGAUCAUAAUUCAAGAAACUGUUGGACGAAGCCUUGAUAUUAGCAGCAAAAUCUAGCCAUGCCGAGAGAACAAUUGGAAGUGCUAAAUGCACUUGAUGUGGCAAAAACCCAAUUGUACCAUUUCACUGCAAUCGUAAUUGCAGGCAUGGGCUUCUUCACUGAUGCCUAUGAUCUCUUCAGCAUUUCCGUCGUCACAAAGUUACUCGGCCGAAUCUACUACACCGAGCCCAAUGCCCCCAAGCCCGGUGUGUUACCAGUCAAAAUUUCAGCCGCGGUUACCGGUGUUGCCCUAGUUGGCACCUUAUUCGGCCAACUCUUCUUCGGUUGGCUCGGUGACAAAAUGGGUCGCAAAAAGGUUUACGGUAUAACACUGGCUCUCAUGAUUUUCUGCUCUCUCGCCUCUGGUCUUUCUUUCGGUCAUCAUGCAAGGGGUACGAUGGCCACUCUCUGUUUCUUCCGAUUUUGGCUUGGGUUUGGCAUUGGAGGUGAUUACCCGCUGUCUGCCACCAUCAUGUCCGAAUACGCAAACAAGAAGACUCGAGGAUCGUUUAUAGCUGCCGUAUUCGCAAUGCAAGGGUUCGGAAUAUUAACCGGUGGAAUUGUCGGUCUCAUAGUCUCGGCCGCAUUCGAACAUGGGAUCACAGUUUAUUCGUAUAAUGCCAAUCCCGAAUUAUCCCUGCCACCCCGGGCCGACUACGUUUGGCGCAUUAUACUAAUGUUUGGGGCCGUUCCAGCUGCAAUGACUUACUACUGGCGUAUGCAGAUGCCCGAGACUGCCCGUUACACUGCUCUUAUUGCGAAAAAUGCCAAACAAGCAGCCGACGACAUGGCUAAGGUGUUAAAUGUGGAAAUAGACCCCGAAGAGGCCAAGCUAGAGAAACUCACCGAAGAACCCUCCAAUCAAUUUGGAUUGUUUUCGAAAGAAUUUCUUCAUCGCCACGGGCUUCACUUACUUGGCACCACGACCUGUUGGUUCUUACUCGAUAUCGCCUUCUACAGCCAAAAUCUAUUCCAGAAAAACAUAUUCACAGCAAUUAACUGGCUCCCUUCCGCUGGGAAGAUGAGUGCGAUUCAAGAGGUUUAUAAAGUCUCAAGAGCCCAAACCCUUAUUGCCCUAUGCGGUACCGUGCCGGGGUACUGGUUUACAGUGUUUCUAAUCGAUAGAAUCGGGAGAUUUACCAUUCAAUUGCAGGGUUUCUUCUUCAUGACCGUGUUCAUGUUUGCACUCGGGAUACCUUUCCAUCACUGGACAUUGCAUAAGGUUCCAUUCAUCAUAAUGUACUCCCUCACGUUUUUCUUUUCCAAUUUCGGGCCAAAUGCCACAACAUUUGUAGUGCCGGCGGAGAUCUUUCCGGCCCGACUUAGGUCCACUUGCCACGGAAUAUCGGCUGCAGCAGGAAAGGCGGGUGCCAUUGUUGGGGCGUUUGGGUUUUUGUAUGCGUCCGAGUCCGAUCAUGUCUUAGAGGACGAUGCAGGGUACCCCAAGGGUAUCGGUGUAAAGUACUCACUCAUUAUACUUGGUUUUGUGUCUCUCUUCGGAAUGGUGUUUACUUUCCUCGUCCCGGAGCCCAAUGGGAAAUCGCUCGAGGAAAUGUCAGGUGAGAAUGAGGAUGACACAAUUGAUGCAGCUUACGAGUCCACGCCGGACAAACAGGGCGCUUAUAACCGGACCGUGCCUGUUUAAUUCGGGUGAGGUAAUGUGGGACUUUACACCAAGCUAUUUGCAAGUGAAGAAAAUUUGGUUUUUCUGUUUGCAAGUGAAGAAAACAGGUUUUUCUGUGUGUUUCAGUAAUGUAGAUAUUUCUCGAUUCCACCACUAUAUAUCUCUAGUUCGAAAGCAAUUACAGAAUUUACUAUUUGAUUGUUUCAUGUUGUAACUUUAUGAGAGAAAUUGUGUUUUCUACCUGCUAUGGUAUAUGUUCCUUGAGUCUUUUUUUUCUGGUUGUAAUUUCAAAGCUCCUAAUUCAAGGGAGUUUGAAAGCUUUUUUGUGAUUUUGUAUGGAGAUUAUGUCACUGCCAUGUCUAUUCUACGGUACCUCCGUCUUGCUCU